ACCAAGCGCCCGACCGAAGAGCGAUGGCGGCCGUGGUGGGCCAAUCCUCGCAACCGUCCUCCCAAGCCGUGAGCGAGCUGUGCCAGAACGCUCGAGAAGCCUUCCUGGAGGCCUCGCGGCUGCUGCUCACCUACGCGGAUAACAUCAUCAGCCACCCAAAUGAAGAAAAAUAUAGGUCAAUUCGGAUUGGAAAUCCAGCAUUUUCGACUAGAUUGUUACCUGUCAGAGGAGCAGUUGAAUGUUUGUUUGAAAUGGGAUUUGAAGAGGGAGAAACUCAUCUCAUUUUCCCUAAGGAAGCUUCAAUUGAGCAACUGCGUAAAAUCAGGGAUUUAAUUGCUGGGGAAAGAGAGAGCAGAUUGAAUGAGUCAAAUCAAAACCAAAGAUCAGGAUCCUCUCAAUCUAUAACCAACACUCAGACUGCUCUUCAACCUUCGAGACCUGCUAACUCUACUCCAGGCCCUUCCAAUAAGCAAGUAAAGACAUCCAUUGAACAGUCUGCUGAAAAGGGUGCAAUGAUCUUUCAAAUACUUCAAUCAAAUUCUCAGCAUGUACUAGUGUAUGAGAACCUCUCUCUCCAAAAGAAAGCAUUGGCUUCUAUUCCCUUGCAAGAGUUAAAAGAGAAGGCCCAAGAAAAACUAGUGCAAGCCAGGAAAAUUGACAAAGGUGCUAAUCUGAAUGAAGAGGAUUUUUUGUUAUUGGAGCUCUUGAAUUGGUUUAAGAGUGAUUUUUUUCAAUGGGUAAAUACACUUCCUUGCUGCAAAUGUGGUGGACAGACAAUAACUAAAGAAAAUUUACCACCCAGCGAUGAUGAUCUGAGGUGGAGUGCAAAUAGAGUUGAGAAUCAUUACUGUACCCAGUGCCAGUUCAGUAACAGAUUCCCGAGAUAUAAUAAUCCUGAGAAACUUCUGGAAACAAGACGUGGGCGAUGUGGAGAGUGGGCUAACUGUUUUACACUGUGUUGCAGAGCUGUUGGGUUUGAAGCUAGAUAUGUCUGGGAUUCAACAGAUCAUGUGUGGACUGAAGUAUAUUCUUCAUCUCAGCAGAGAUGGCUUCAUUGUGACCCUUGUGAAAAUGUCUGUGAUAAGCCUCUUCUCUAUGAGAUUGGCUGGGGAAAGCAGCUCUCCUACAUAAUUGCAUUCUCCAAGGAUGAGGUUGUUGAUGUCACCUGGAGAUACUCUUGUAAGCAUGAGGAAGUACUUGCUAGAAGGAUACAUGUUGAUGAAACAGCACUGCGUGAAACAAUUAACAAACUUACUAAACUGAAACAGCGAUCUUUGUCAGAAAGCAAAAGGAAAGAACUCCAGUACAGAAUAAUUGUGGAGCUUGUUGAGUUCAUUUCUCCCAAAACUCCUAAACCUGGUGAACUUAGUGGAAGGACAUCUGGUUCAAUGGCUUGGAGAAUAGCCAGAGGUGAAAUUGAUUCAGAGAAGGGAGGAGACACUGUUUUUAUUCCCUCUGGAAAUGAGAAGACCUCUAAGUUCUUUCAUCUCUGCUACAAUGUAGUGGACGACAACUAUACCCGAGUUUCCAAUAACAAUGAAAAAAUCAAUGGUUGGGAGAAAGGUGUGUGGAAGGUGGAGUCUUUAUGGAGAAAGGUUGAAACAGACUGGAAAAUGGUUUAUUUAGCCCGAAAAGAAGGGUCAUCUUCUGCUUACAUCUGCUGGAAGUUUGAGUGUGGGUCAGUUGGUCUAAAAAUAGACAAUAUUUCAGUUAGGACAAGCAGUAAGACAUUUCAGAGUGGAAGAAUAAGAUGGAAACUGUACUCUCCCACAGCAGAAAUUGAUCUUAUUGGAGAUAAAAGUCUUCGUUCAUAUUCAGAUUUCUCUGGUACAACAGAAAUUAUUUUGGAAGCUGAACUAAGUGGAGGGGAUGGUGAUAUUGCAUGGCAACACACCCAGCUAUUUAGAGAGAGCUUAAAUGACUGUGGAGAAAUUUGUUUGGAGAUAAUUAUAAAACUCAUUGACCUCUGAGAACCUAAGCGGAAGAGAAAGUACAUGGAUUUAUUGUAUGCUGUGAAUACAAUACAAGGACUUGAUUGAAAAUUACCAUGGUUCAUAAUGACGGCAACCUAUUUCCCAUUUGCCAGUUUUCAUUUGGCCAUCUUGAAAAUAAUAAAUUUUAUACUCUGAGCCCUGAAGAAAUAUCAGAAUUUUAUAAAUGCAAUUCCUAUGUAAACUUGUACCUUAUAGGUAGUGAUCAAAACAAAAACAUAUUCAUCCUGAGAACAAAUGCAAAUUUUAAGGUAUUUAAAAUUGAUGUUCCCAUUAUUCACUUCCUCCAAGUGGAAGGGAUAAAAUAUUUUUUGGAAAGCAAAACUAAGUUGUGAAUGUAAAAGAAAUUUUAAGUAUGCAUUUUAGGACUGAUUUACUUCACAUUCUCUACUGCUGUUCGGAGUUGCUAUUUUCUGGUAUGUCUUAUGUCAUUGUUCAUUUCAAAAUAUUUUAAUUAAUUAUAGAAAGGGUUAUACUAGUC